AUGAUUCAUCAUCUCUACUGCUUGCUGUCUUGCUUCCUGUCCUCUAAGCUGUUCUAUUUCCUGCUCCCUCCCCUCUUCACCGCUCCUCGCGAGGCAGCUAAAUACGACGCAGUAACUCUGCAUGAAGAAGAGGCUCAGAUCUCGUGUUCUCCCGUAUUGGAUCUCGCAGUGAGGCGAUUCGCCGUGGAGCCUGGCAGGGUUUUGCUAAAGCUAAAUAAACGAUCAAUAGCUCUCUGGUGGGUAACAUCCAUCACAGCCGGAUGGGUCGGCGGUGCCUCCGCUGAGCAGGGCAAGGGUGCCCGCGACAAUUCAUAUUAUUCCCGUAGAAAAGCUCGAGAAGGAGUCUGGGAGGUUAUGAGCGACCAUGCUUUCGUUGCCGGAUGCCAGCAAGAGGGGACGUGGGCGGGCAAUCCAUCCCGGGCACGCGGUGGAGCCCCAGCGUGCUUGGCAGCCAGGAGAGCCACAGGCGAGUGCAUCACGGCUGACCUCACUCCCUAUUCAUUAUCCAUUCCAUGGGCAUGGAGGGCGGAGGACUCGUUUGUACCUGAGGAACGUACCCAGGGACGCCAGAGCCUCUGGUGUGUUGGUGCUGACGGACUGAACCAGCCACCACCACCCCUCGGCCAUUACUGCAUUCCUUUGUUGCAGGCCAGUUGCAUGCACCACGCCCGUGUCUAG